AUGGAGGCUUUCGCUGCCAUGGCCGAACGGGUUCGAUCCGAACUCUGCUGGUUUUCAGUAGGACGGACGGCGCUGGUGGAUCGCCCGGAUGUCGUGACGUACAAUGUGAAGGUCGGCACGCUCUACAAGACGGAGGCCGGAGUGGACUACCCCGUGGAGAUCGAGGUCACUACCAGCGCGAGCGCCGCCCAUUGCGGCGUCUAUCUUCAAGUCGGGGGGGAGUACCUCCUUGACCUCUAUCGGUAUAAGGGCGAGUUGCGGAGCGUGGGCGCUUGCGGGGCAACCCAAAGCUGGACGACCCUUCCCGCGGAUAGGAUCGCCACCCUGGGAGACAUCAACAGUGCGUGCGACCCGUGUGCGGCCUGCGGGGAGUCGCAGGACUGCCUCCUGUACACCGACGGCGACUCGACAACAACAUCGUCUUCGGUGACGGGGGGGGGGGAGGAGUUCUACUGCGCCGACACGUGCGCCGCCGGGGUGUGCGGCGCCGAGGAGACGUGCUACCUUAACGAGUCCGACUGCACCGGAGGGCCUUGCCCCCCCGUAGCCGAGUGCGGCUCCCCGCCCGCAUCCCCGAUAGACAAGUGCGGUGGAUCCUGCCUGGACUCAGAGGAAUGCCUUCCUUACACGGCCGGCGUCGACCAGUACUACUGUUCGGCCGUCUGCGACCCUUCCCCCUGCGAGGGAGAGGGCGAGGAGUGCAGCGUGCUGCCGGUGUACUGCGCGGCCAACUCCAUCUGCAGGAGCGGCUUCGCGUGCACCCGAGCCGGCGUGGUGAAGAAGACUUUCCGGGCCGCGAUCGGAGAGGGGGGCCUGUGCGAAGGACGGUGCAGCGAGUUCCAGGAGUGCCUGUUUUACAGCGGCAACUUCGCGGAGGACCAGUACUACUGCUCGGCCGUCUGCGACCCUUCCCCCUGCGGGGACGGCGAGGAGUGCACGCUGGUUCCGGCGAGCUGCGCGCCGGGUUCGAUCUGCGGGAAGAGGUCAAUCUGCUCGCCCCUCCCAGCAGCGACGGAGGUCGUGGCGACGAUCAAGCAAGAGGAUCCGUGCGACGGGCGAUGCGGGGACUUCGAGGAGUGUCUGUUCUACACCGGCGAUCUCGCUGAGGACCAGCACUACUGCUCCGCCGUCUGCGAACCUUCGCCGUGCGAGGAGGGCGAGCAGUGCCACCUCAUGCCCGAGAGCUGUGCGGCCGGGUCUAUCUGCGGGAACGGGUUCCUUUGCGCCCCUGCCGCAAACGCAACCCUGCAGGAAGGAGAUCCGUGCGCCCCCUGCGGAGAGUUCCAGGACUGUCGCGUCUACGCUAACGGCGCCUUCGCCGAGUACUACUGCGCCGACGUGUGCGACCCCAGCCCGUGCGGGGGCAGCAAGGACAAGUGCUCGCUGGUGGAGCAGGGAGACGACUGCGACGCGGCGACGUCUGCGUGCCCACCGUUGGCGACGUGCGCGUCCGCGACCGUGACGGUGGAGGAGGAGGAGGAGGAGGAGCGGGCGGACCCUGCGGAACAAACACCGAAGGCGAACUCCAGACUAGGCUCAUCAUCGGCGAAUUGA